CCAUUAAAGCUCAAGCUCAUUUCAUGUUCCUGUAUUUGGCCACCGCCAUUUCUGCCCAAUUAGCUCAUUAUCCUUUCACCAUGAAAUUUAACCCUUCCCCAUUUUUGAAUGUGAAAAAUCAUUUUUACUGCUACUUUUACCCAACAAUUGUCAACUAUCUCGGAAUCGAAUAAUUUCCAUGGAGUUUAGUGAACGGGUCACAGUCGGACACACUGUUGCUUGAUUAGUAGAUUGGCAGAGAUCGUCGUCAGACAUCGCUGUCGCCUGUCUGCAAUAGGAGAGUCACUAUUGUAAUGUAAAAUAUUGACUUGGCCCAUCAUGCUUGAUUGUGCGAAUCCCUAAUUCUCCGACACACGCGCCGCCUCCAUCCUCCGUAUAACGGUGCACCGAGAUCUGGACCUGAACAUGGAGGCUGGAUCGGCGAGGAAGGAGGGUUUAUCCUCUGCUGAAGCAGUCUUGUUUGGUGCCCUAGCUCCUGGCGUCAACGGUCCGACUUGGAACACGCUGAAGAUCGCUUUUUUUAUGCUGGGGAUGUGCCUCGCUGCGAUGCUGGGUUUAGCCUUCUCUUUUAGUGAUUCUUCGUUGAUUUUCCAUGUCACGUUCCUUCUUCUGAUUGCUGGCACCCUUUUCUUCCUCCUCUGCAGUUUUCUUGCUCAAACUGGUCUUGUUUCCGUUGAGCAACAAAUGCAAGAAAUUGGGAUCGAACCUAAAGAUGCCGGCGACAAUCAAAGCAAGAAAAGUAGUUGAUUUUUUUCAGAAAGUAACUCAAUAUAGUUUUGCAACUGAUACACUCAUUGGAUUCAUUUUUGAACUGAAGCAAAAGCUUGUUUACAGUAA